AUGUCUAGAGGUGUUCUCCAGAACAAUCAGAAAGAGCAAAGUGUAUCUAAGGAUAAGGCUAUGCUUCAGACCGAGGAUAGUUCCAGCUCGAUAAAAAGCCGUGAUCACCUAAAACCCCCGUCGCGCCCAUCAUCUCAGAAAUUGGAACCUUCGUCAACAUCCGCUGGUCUCACAGGCCCUCCGGCGAGCGAAUCCCGACAUAGCAACAGUCGAAAUUCUAGAGAAUCAAGGCACAGCAUGUUGGGCCGGCGUCGAAACGGUAGCGCCUCUACCAACCGGUCAGCGGCUGCUACUAAUCCCACAAACACCCCUGCCUCCUCACAACCCAACUCCCCGGCUGGAGUUCCCCAAAGACGGAAGAAAGGCGGUCUUCUUGCCCUCCUCGGUUGCUGUGGCGUACCGGAUAAUGCCAACUCCCCUGAGGGCGGAGAAGAGCCUUUGGCUUCUCAUAAGCUGGACAAAAUUCCUCAGCGACCGUUGACAUCUAGUAGGCGAACGGCAACUCCGUCAGAGCAAACAACUGGCAGUAAAUCACAGAUCUACGAGAAGGAGAAGGACCCUCAGGCUCAGAGCGGACAAUCCACCCAGGAAACAAAACCUAAUAUCGCGUCACAAUCAACCACAGCUGAUCAGUCCGGGGUUAAUGAUCAGGAGACUGAAUCCAAACAAACGACCCUCGUAGCUCUACCUGGUCCAAGCACUACCGUCAAUCCUCAACUAUCCGAUAGCCACGACGUUGAGGUAUCAAAGGAGGAAGAGGAGGAUAUUGUAGAUUCCAAAGAUGAGGAUGGAGACUCAGAAAUGCCCGAUGCUGAUUCACACCGGGUAAAACUCCCCGUGGCCGCUUCCGAGGACAGCUAUCCUAAGACAGUUCCACCACCUCCGCCCCCGCCAAUAGCGGAUGAAGAACCAACUGUGGUCGAAGAUGAGAAGCUCGCGGUGGCAGAGGAACCCCAACAAAAGUUUCUUUUACCUCCUAUCGAGCCACGCUUCAAAGGGCGUAAAUGUCUCGUUUUGGAUCUUGAUGAAACCUUGGUCCACAGCUCUUUUAAAAUACUAAAUCAAGCUGAUUUCACCAUACCCGUUGAGAUCGAAGGGAACUACCACAACGUUUACGUAAUUAAACGACCUGGUGUGGACCAGUUCAUGAAGCGUGUGGGUGAACUUUAUGAAGUCGUCGUCUUCACGGCGUCUGUAUCUAAGUAUGGCGAUCCAUUGUUGGACCAGCUCGAUAUUCAUAAAGUCGUCCACCACAGGUUAUUCCGCGAAAGCUGCUACAACCACCAGGGAAAUUACGUCAAAGACUUAUCUCAAGUUGGACGUGAUCUCAAAGAUACAAUCAUCAUCGAUAACUCACCUACAUCCUAUAUCUUUCAUCCUCAGCAUGCUGUGCCCAUAAGCAGUUGGUUUUCGGAUGCACACGACAACGAAUUGUUAGAUCUAAUACCCGUUCUCGAGGACUUGGCUGGGCCUAAUGUCCAGGAUGUCAGCCUGGUCCUCGACGUCACUCUUUGA